AAAGCACGCAAAUGUCUGCAAGAAAUAGCAAUUCUCCUAAACAAAAAACCUAAUCUAUGUCUUAUUCCAAAUCAGAAUUCUUGUCAAAUUCUAAUGAAGUAGUCCAUAGAGGUGCAAAAAGCGAAAUAAUACAAUCAAACAAAAUUUCGGAUGAAGACCAAUUUGAUAACUAAGAAUCUAAAACCAAGUCUGGGAACUACUAUAAUAUUAUUGUCAUAGGAAUAGUUAUUUUAGGAUUAGCUGCUGGUUUAGUGAUAGGAUAUAAAAUAAUGAAAUCAGGAAAUGUUUAGGAUGAAGAACAAAUGAAUGUGUUUGUGAACAUAGUGUCACAAUCUCUACUAAGUAAUCUUGAGUAGCAAAAAUUUUUAAUAAUAGAUGAUUAGCUUAAAUAAUUGAAAAAGUUUUAUGAAAAACAAUUAACUAAUACUAUUUGGUAGAAGGUAUGUUUAUAGAAUAUAAAAAUAGAUUGUGACGCAUAUUCAAUAGUAACCUAAUGUAUUACUUAGUUAAGAUAAGAAAAAAUGGAUAUUGAAAGUGUGA